CCGCGGACCGCUAUUGCGUAGUGCCGACUCGGGUUGUGUAUCCCCUUUGACAAGAAGCUAUGGGAUUAGCAAAAUAGUCCAGAGAUACGUGUGUCUCCUUGGUCACCUCUGAAAACAUUCUUCAUUAACCCUCUCCGUUUCUGAGAUAGCGUUAUUGUUCCUAACGGGCGCUGAUAGUUGCUGUGCUUUCUCGUUGAAGAAAUGUUAAUACCCGUGGCACUGAGCAGAGCUGGGAAACUAACUUGCCAGCUGAGCUAACUCGCUCGCUAGCGCAUAACCAAGCUCGACGACAUAAUAGGCUGUUCUGCUUUUGGGAACAAGGUGUGCUCGUUGUGUCAGAUCAACCCAGCUUUCGCCAAGGAUUUUACCGGUGAUUUCCACAGAGUAUCUCCGCUCUAUCUUAUCAUUCAACAUUGCCUUUGUUUUGUAAUCAUCAGCCCCGAUCGUGGCACCAGCUCACUUGCUAGCAACUUAGCCGGUGGGUCCCCGGUGUGUUCGCAACGUUAGCAGAGCACUGCUCUCAUUGCGCUGGCUAAAAAUACACUUCUUGUCCCAUGCUCAGUGCCCCUCCAAAAGUGGUGGGCUAGUCCACGUUGGACUUGUCUUCGGCUUUUCUGGUCACAUUGCUCGGAGUUUGGCGCUCUACAUGGUCACUACAGUGAAUUUAAGACGACUGGAAGAGCGAGUCGGACCCCGAGGUUGUGAGCCGAGCUGGCCUGAUCUAACGUUACAUCGCACCGGCCGGUGGGCUUCAGGUCUGUGGCUGAUCGGUGGCCGAACAACAGCAUUUUGCCCUAAUGGCCUUUUCCUGUCACCAAUAGUAAUAUAACAAGCCUUGGUCCAGCCCAAGGUUGCAAGUCCAAAUCUUUGUAUAGGUCAGAGAAAAACGCUUUGUUUUCACUGUCAGCUGUCUGAGAUUGGCGAGGCAGACUUCAUCUGUCCGGAGCAGGACACCAUGUCGGAGGAUAAUAACGCAGACAAGUUCAUUAAGGAGACAUCCAUUCUGGACGAGUACAACAUAAACUGGACACAGAAGUUGGGAGCCGGCAUCAGCGGACCUGUCAGAGUUUGUGUGAAGAAGUCAACUCAGGAACGCCUGGCCCUGAAGAUCCUCAUUGAUCGCCCCAAAGCCAGAAAUGAGGUGCGUCUCCAUAUGAUGUGUGACAACCACCCAAACAUAGUGCAAAUCCUGGAGGUUUAUGCCAAUAGUGUCCAGUUCCCACAUGAGUCUAGCCCAAGAGCGAGGCUUCUGAUAGUUAUGGAGAUGAUGGAGGGUGGUGAGCUGUUCCACAGAAUCAGUCAGCACAGGCACUUUACUGAAAAGAUGGCCAGCCAGGUCACUAAACAGAUCAGUCAAGCGUUGGAACACUGUCACUCCCUAAAUAUUGCACAUCGUGACCUGAAGCCAGAGAAUCUGCUCUUCAAGGAUAACUCUCUGGAUGCACCUGUGAAGUUAUGUGACUUUGGCUUCGCCAAAAUUGAUCAAGGAGACCUGAUGACCCCUCAGUUCACUCCUUACUACGUAGCACCUCAGGUACUUGAGGCUCAAAGAAGACACCAGAAAGAAAAGUCUGGAAUCAUACCUACCUCACCCACUCCUUAUACCUAUAACAAGAGCUGUGACUUGUGGUCGCUUGGCGUGAUUAUCUACGUAAUGUUGUGUGGCUAUCCUCCGUUCUACUCCAAGCACCACAGUCGCACCAUCCCAAAGGACAUGAGGAAGAAGAUUAUGACUGGCAGCUUUGACUUCCCCGAAGAUGAGUGGAGCCAGAUCUCAGAGAUGGCUAAGGACAUUGUACGCAAGCUGCUGAAGGUGAAGCCAGAGGAGAGGCUGACUAUUGAGGGAGUCUUGGCUCACCCUUGGCUCAACUGCACAGAGGCCCUCGACAACGUGCUGCCCUCCGCCCAGAUGAUGAUGGACAAGGCGGUAGUUGCAGGUAUCCAGCAGGCCCAUGCAGAGCAGCUGGCCAACAUGAGAAUUCAGGAUCUGAAUGUCAGCCUGAAGCCCCUAAACUCUGUCAACAACCCAAUCCUCAGGAAGCGGAAACUACUAGGCCCCAAGCCCAGUGAUGGUUUCUUCAUUCACGACCCAGAGAACGGAGGAGAAGACUCCAACGUAGCGCUGGAAAAAUUACGAGAUGUCAUUGCACAAUGUAUACUACCACAAGCUGGAGAGAACGAGGAUGAGAAGCUGAAUGAGGUCAUGUAUGAAGCCUGGAGGUUCAACAGAGACUGUAAACUGCUGAGAGAAGGCCUGCAGGGGCUCAGCUGGGACGGACGAGCCUUCUCUGAUAAAGUUGACCGCUUGAAGUUGGCUGAAAUAGUGAAACAGGCCAUUGAAGAAAAGACAAAUCUCCAAGAAUCUCAUUAGCAAACGCUGUUUUUCUAUCUUCUUUUUAUAUUGUUUAUUAUGACCCUUUUUAACCCAUAUCUGUAAAGAUGCUUUUUAUGUAAAAUGAUGCGCUAAUUUUUGUUUUUUUCAUGAAUUCACUUGCAAGACCUAUUGUACAGCUGUAGAUAUAUUUCAAAAAGGACUAAUUGGUACUAUGUUUUUUUUAAAUGGAUACUUGCAAAGAACACGGAAAAAAAACUAUAUUUUCAUUUUUGCAAAAAAAAAAAAAGAGAGAGAAAAGAAGAGAAAAAUCAGUGAAAGAAAUUAUUUUCUGGGAGGGAAUUUUUAUCAGCUGCUGGUCCAAGAUGUUAUGUGUUUUAUCCCAAUUAUUUCAUUUUAUUCUAUUUUAUUUUCUUUUAAACAUCCUAAGAUUUUUAUUUAUUUAAACAAAGAGUUCCAUUAUUUUAUACUUGUAGCCUGGCAGUGACUUUGUUCUUCCACACACACUUUCUGAAUCUCAGACUGUGUUUAAAUUAUAUGAAUCUUUUUUUUUUUUUGUGCAACUUUCUCUUGACCUUUGUGUUAUCUAGAGGUCAAGGCAGAGUGGAAAUGGAUGUAAAAGAAAAUGUCACAAAAUAGUAAAAUACAGCCUCAAAUUGUUGUCACAACCCUUUCUUAAAGCUGGUGAGAGACAGUGCUAAAUAGAUCUAAGCAGAUUGGAUAGGCAUAAACACUUUGGCUGGUUUUCUUUAUGACUCAUUUUUAUCAAUGUGUUUUUGACAAACAAAUUAUAACUCAAGGUCCACUUACUUUUUCCUCUCUUAAUUUUCUUACUGCCUUCAUUAGAAGAUUGAGUUUUUUCAGACUUUAAAAAGGGGAUCAGUGGAUCUUGAGUCAAGAUUUUAUUGUCAGGGUCAUAACUGACUUUUCACACUACUAGACUCAUAUAGGUUUCACAAUCUCUCAGUUCAACUCUUACGCAUGAAGUGAUGAUACUGUCUCUCAGCUUCUGACGUUUGUGUCUGAUUUCAGAUAUUUGCAACUGCUUUUUAUGUGUCUGAAUAUUUAUGAUGCGAUUCUGAAAGGUCUUAAGUUCAGUCUUGGUUUAAAGUUGUGUGAUCUGUGAAACGGAGCUGCUUUGACACCAAGUUGUAUCUACUGGAAUGCAGACUGGGGUCAGUUAAUAUUUCAGUCCUUUUAAAAAAAGACCGCUUGCUACUUGAGCACGCAAAAACGCUGCACAUUUUAGCCGCGAUGUGGCUGAUGUCUUUAUGCCAGAAAAUAUCAGUAGGAGGUCUCAGCAUCCUUGAACAGGUCUGUUAGGAUUUCAGUGUCAUAAAACUCGCUGUUCUACUGAAUGUGCAAUAUGGCAAUAAUUUAGUCAUGUAUUCAUAAUGCAUGCAUGUACAUGGCAGUCAGAUAGUAUGCAUCAAUUUGUCAGUAUUGCUGUCUUAACACAGACCUUCCCGUCUCCAUUUAAAUGGUCUGAAUACCAGCAAAUGCUCCCUCCCUUUGCUCAUCCUCACUGUUUGGUUGUCAUUAAAAUAUCAUAUCAUCGAUUAGUCAGAGUGAAAUCAGUUUUACUCUAGUGCUCUAGUCAUAUCUGAUAUUAUUUCUUCAAAGAGAGGUUGAAAGAAGGGAUUCAUGUUCAGGUGUUUGAAUGAGGCCUUGUCGAGUCCACUGAACAGCAUGUUCUCAGAUGUUUGUUUGAAAUUCCCCUUUGAUGAAGUCUUAUCUUUAUACAGAAUUAUUUCUGCAAACCUACUUUCAUGUCAAGAUUACUGCAUUAACCAUGUCUUUUUGAUCUUUUCCUUAUUAAUGAAAAAGCUUGUUUAUUCUGGGUAAUUAGAAAACACUUGAUGCAAUAUAUCGUCUCCAGUGUUUCUCACAGUUUAGGCCGAAUAAAACCAUUUAUAAAUGAAUUGGAUCAUCUGAAAAAACGCAUUGACACAGGACAGUGACGAUAUAUUUGUAACUGACAUGAAGACAAAGUGUAAGCCUUCCUUUGUAUGUCUGUAUUUCUUCAUUUUUUGGCUUAAAAACAAAAAUUUGAGCAAAGGCUAUCAUUACUAACAUGAUUCUGAGGAUUCAUUUUGACUGUCUGCCAUGCUGACAGUGUCAUACAGUCUCCUUUAACAGCUUAAUGAUAACCACAGCUUGUAUGUGAAAAGGCCUUAUUAUUAUUAUUAUUAUUAUUACAUAGCUAAGUUUUACGCUCAAAUGUGCCUUGUCAAUGGGGCAGCAUUUUCAUCCUUUAUUGCUCUCAUCAGUAGAGAUAAAUCACAGGAUGAAGGAAAAACUCAGAAUCAUUGAAAGUAGUGAUUCAUAUUUGUCCUUUUGGCUAUGAUUUGUUUGUUUUCAUGUGAUGAUAUGAAGGUUUUCAGUUCACAGCGCUGGCUAUUUAUUCUGAAACAUAUGCUGAAAUUUAUCUAGCCUCAUAUUUUAAAAAAAUCCUCUUUAGAAAAAGAGAGAUUGAUUUGUUGAUUUAUGUUGUAGGAUAACCCCCUUAUUUCUCAUCAGAGAUGUUCAAGAAAUUUGCAUAUUUUUUGAUGAGAGUUAGAUGUGAAAAGCACAAUUCACCGUUGUGCAUUAGUUAUGUGUUGCACUAUUUCUUAAACAGGCAUAGCAGCUUGUGUUCGCUGGUUGCCUGGCAACAGGUCUAGCCAAGAAACAGCCCAGUACAUAGCCAGUGUAAGACUGUGAAUUAUCGAUUUUAAACAAACUAAAUUUAAUGUGUUAUUUAGUCAGUAUAGCUGACUGUCUUGUAUUUAGCAGACAAAUACGAGCUGUAUCAAUCUUAUUAUUUCUGCCACAAAGUAAAUUCAUUCAGCGUAACUACUUCCUAAUGAUUGCUAUUAAAGCUGCAUUGAUCAGCUGAUUAAUUGAUCAGUUGAUUAAUCUAAAGUUAACCUUCUGCCAUUUUGAUAAUUAGUUAAUCGUUUUAAGUUACAGCUUUUCAAAUAUGACUAUCUACUGGUUUCCUUAGUCUGCUAUUGUAGUAAACUGUAUGAUUUGUCUGACUUGGUUGGACAUAACAAGAUAUCUGAAGAUUUCAAUACCUUGGAUUACGAGAAACUGGGAUGGACAUUUUUCACAACUAAUCAAUUAAUCAAGAAAAUAUUUGUCAGAUUAAUUGAUGACAAAAAAUAACCGUUUGUUGCCUCCCUACUUGCUGUAAUGUGCAGCAGUUGACUAACAUUUGAUCAUUUAUAUUGAGUGCAACACAUCAAGCGUACAGUAUUGCAGAAUCAGCAAAGCUUCUCACUAAAAGUGGAACCUAAAAUGCUGCUGUUUUGUUUCACUCUGACCACGUCACGUCUGUGUGGAUGUGUGACAGUAUGUAAUUAAUUUAUGUUUGCCUGUGUGUGUGUGUGUAUGUGUAUGUGUGUUUGUGUGAUUCACUACACUGAACCUUCUUUGUAUUUCUGGAGGCCUAUCAAUGAAUCAGAGCCCCCCUCCCCCUCCAAAUAACAGAUUUUAUACCCUCUGCUGCCAGAGAGAGCAUUAUUGUUGAAGGACUGUGUAUUUAAUAGCAUUUUUGUACUGUAAAGUCAUGUAUAAUGAUAUUGAUACUCCUAACAAUGAAAACCCCAAAGGAAACGUACAGUCACGCUCAGACACCAUUGACCUGCUGUUUGCUCCUCAGUCUGGCUCAGUGUUAUUUAAAUUCCCAGAGGGCAGUCAGUUGUGAAGAUGCUACCUCCCUCCCCUGCAUCCUCUUGUCGACUAGCUGCUGCUGCAGGAUGCCCUCAGACUGACAUUCAGGCUUUAGACAUAUUUCACAAAUACUAAGUAGCUUCCAGCAGUCACUUCCUCUGUUUUCUUCUCAGAGAGAGAUUUCUGAUUUUAUACAAGAGGCAAGAUUUCGUUUUAUCCAACAUGAAUGCUGACCGAGGAUAAAUAACUAGCUUUUUUUUUUUUAAUACCAGCUCAUUAAAAAUGACCUGAAAGGCAGAAAUGGUUUAGUCAGCACUCCUGCUUUUGAUAAAUACCAGUUGCUUCUGUUUCCUCUGCUGUAUGUUAUGUACUCAUAAAGUGCAGAGAGGUGGGGUUUUUAUAGAUAUAUAUUUUGAGUUGAAGAAAUGCUUGCUUCUUUGGGUCUGGCAUCAAACAGAGAUGCAAAGAGGAAGAAUUUUAUUUCACUUGAAGUAGCCAUUCCUGUUUAUGUUGAUAAGUCAGGGAGAAACGUUGAAGAAAGGAAAUCAUUUCAAAGUACGGAGCCUCUUCUCUGCUUUACCAGUCUGCCCCCCCCCCCCCCCUCUCUGGUCUGGCAGUUAUGUAGCAUGUACCCAAAUCCCUCACGAAGGACUCGCUGUAUUUUUUGUCAGCACAUCUAUUUUCUGCCCUUUCUGCCUUCUUUGGAAUGUCAAACAUGCUGACUUUGUAAUAAAGGAAUUCUUUGACUUUUGAACAUA